CGACGAAGAAGGCGAACUUCCGUGUUGUUAGCUUAGCCUAGCAGGUUGUGUUAUCCUCAGCUCACUGUGAAGUUUAAUUUUAGUCAGUUAACAUUUAAAUGGUGUCGUUUUACAGGCUGCGUUGCAACUUUUUCCACGCAACCUGGAGCAGAAGCAGUUCAGUUACCGGGUUAUUGUAAUUCAGAAAAACUCUUGAGUUCUGCUGCUAUGUAGAGCUGCACAUCUGCCAGUCAUCUCCUUUGUAGUGACAUUUCUGUCGAUUCAAUGGGGAAAAGGAAAGACAUGAUUCACCCCAGGUUUCUCGGUGAAGGUGGCUCUGGCCUGCACAGCGUUCACAAACGAAAACAUAAAAAACACAAGAAGCACAAGAGGAAGCACCACAGCUUUGCCGAGGCCCCAGAGCCAGAGCCUGUUGUAGUUCCUCGACCUCCAUCGCAGCUCCGGCUCAAGAUCAAGCUCGGAGGACAGACGCUGGGAACCAAGAGUGUUCCCACCUUCACUGUCCAUCCUGGCGUGGCUCGUCCUCCGUCACCGCUGAUGAUUAUUGAUAAUGAUGCUGAUGACGACGAUGAAGAUGAUGACGAUGAUGACGAUGAUGAGCCUUCUGUACCUCUGGAGCAAUAUCGGGCCUGGCUGGAUGAAGACAGCAACCUGGCCACAUCCCCCAUGCCAGACAUGGACUCAGACUCCAUGCUGGGAGGUCCGGUAGAUGAGGAGGAGAGGUGGCUGGACGCUCUGGAGAAAGGGGAGCUCGACGACAACGGAGAGCUAAAGAAGGAAAUCGACGAGUCUCUGCUUACCGCCAGACAGAAAGCCCUGCUACACAAGCAGCAGAGCCAACCUCUGCUGGAGCUCCCUAUGGGCUACAAGGAGAAAGAGAUGACUGCAGAGAUGAUGCAGAAACGGGAGGAGCGUGCCCGAAAGAGACGCCUGCAGGCCGCCAAAAAAGCUGAAGAGAACAAGAACCAGACGAUAGAGAGGCUGACAAAAACCAGCAAGGCCAAGAUCAAAAGCAUGAGAGAGAAGAAGUCCAAGCAGAGUCAGUGUCCGAUGGUUCGGUACAGCGACUCUGCACAGGGAAUGGCCAUCUCUUUCCCCACGGGGGUCCUCGCCCCGGCCCCGACUGCUCCCCGUCCUGCACCUCCAGCCCCGGUCAGCUGUGGUGUCAGCGGGUGCACCAACCUGAAGAAGUACUCCUGCUCAAAGACUGGAGUUCCUCUCUGCAGCCUCGAGUGUUACAAGAGGAACCUGCUGCUUGUGCAGAGUGCAGCUUGAACCUCAGAAACACACUGCACUGGGAUGUGAUGAUGGUGUGAACAUGUGGUCAUAAAACCUGGUGGAAUUUACUGGGACGCUCAUCGCUACGCAAAUACGCCGGGUAUAUCUUGAACUGUACGGAGAAACCUAUAGUUUCAUGUGCAGUGACUUCCUUUUCAUCAACUUGUCUAUUUUGUUUGUAGCUGUGUCAUAGUAAUAAUGAUUCUCCUUGCAGUAAUAACAAUUCAAUUACGUACAAGUUAAAAGUGAUCAAAAUCUGUGACCCAAUAGAUUAAACAUUUUUCAGUAUUUGUAAUUUCUAGAGCAGCUCAUGUUGACAUAGGCUACACUAUAAAAAAAUACUUAUUUUUCAGGCAAAAGAACUGUUUCUACUAUUUUGAAUAAGUCAUUUUGGUAAUAAUGUGAAAAGACUGACAAAAUUCAUCAACAGCCAUUAAAUGUGUCCUGAAACAAAAGAGAAACUGUAUUACAUUUUAAUUAAUAAUGUUCUUUAUGCAACAAAUGACUCCAUUUCCAUACAAAACUGUACAAAAUUUAAAUUAAGUAACAAUGAAUGCUUUUACUUGACUGCAUAAAAUGUGUGAAAACUAUCAAUACAACCUUUUUGCUGUGUCAGCAUAGA